UUUUCUCAGCCACUACCACGCGCCACCACGUCAUGUGGUUCUCAUAACAACCAACAGGCGAGAGUCUCAGAUAGAGAGGGAGAAACCAGGCCGCUACUCGCACCGUGUGUCGGUUGUCAUCUUCCAAGGAAAGAUUUCUAAAACCGGUGAGUUGCCCUCCAUGCUCCGUCCUGUAACUCCGUGCACAGGUGGUAUCUGUCAGACCGCCCUAGUUUGACCCUAGGUGGACACAUGGUCCCCAUUGCAUGCACUAAAUACCGCACGUAGUUCUGGCCAGGUCUUGUUUUCGACGCGCCGUGUCCCCCGCCCUAAAACUAGGCGUGCCCCACUCGCGAUUUGUGCAUACCGACCCUUCGGACCUCUUCUUUCUGUCCAUUUCUCUCGGUAGGCUUGUACAAGUAGAAGACCUCGGAAGGAUGGGGUACAACGUGCGCGCUGCGUGGUGUCUCGGUAUCCUCCUGGUCCUGCUGGGCUGUGUGAGCCUGCUGACCGGCAUUGUGGGGCUGGCGGUGUGCUACGGGUACUGUGCGCCCCUGACGGCGGUAGUCGGAGCCCCCAUUUGGAGCAGCGUUCUGGUGAUAGCUGCUGGAGCUUUGGCCAUUGCCAGUGCCAGGGAACCAUCCAAUGGGUGCAAGAUCACAGGUUUCCUGACGUGCAGUCUGCUGGCCAUGGUGCUGACCCUGGUCACCUGGGUGCUGGGAGUGAUUGACAGCACCCUGGACACGUCGCGUGACGACUACAUCCGCAUCGUGGACUACGUCAUCCCGACGGCGGCGCCCGGCAACACGCCCGCUCCCCCGCCCUACAGGGCCUGGAAGGACAGCCAGGCAGCCCUGCUCAUCGUCAUCAUUGUGCUGGCCAUUAUCGAGUUCCUGCUGACCAUGAUCCUGUCCAUCGUCAGCUGCUCGGGACUGUGUGCGGGCUACCACGGACACGAGGCCCCAGCUAUUGUGGUGUAUGAUGGGAGGAAGGCCACUGCUCUAAGGCCAGGCAUGCGAGCUGUGCAGCAGCCUGACGGCAGCAUCAAAGUGGUCAAGUCAGGCAAACCCCAUGAGGGUGACAAUGACCAGACCAACCCAGAGAAAGAACCCAUGAACGUGUAGACCGGUAGAAGCAGUUUCCAUCUCUACUGAGAGGGUUCAGUUUACCAGCCAGACUCAACACUUUUCAACAACUGCAAAGGAGACUGGUGCUACUAAAGCUACAAGAUGAUCUUAUAAGUAUAAGCCAUAUUGUUGCCAUUUUUUUAGAGUAGUAAAAAAAAGCAGCAACAUUUAUUUGUUGUAAAAGAAGUUGUUUUCCAGCCAUAUUUUGUAAGAGCAAUUUUGGUAAGUUAGUGUUAGGAAUGGAUGGAAGCUUGAUGUGCCUUACAUUUGCAAAGUUAUGUGUACUACAAUGUAAAUGUAUUGCCAAUUUUGUAGGAACCAAAUAAGUAAUGUUACAUUUGUCAACGAUCUUUCACCCUCAACUGUUGAUAGUCUUAAACACAAAUGAAAUUGUCUUCAAUCUUCCAUGUGAAACAUCAAAAACUGACUUGCAUUCAAAACUUAAAAUUCUCUUUAUAGUAACCUGAAAAAUUGACCCUAAUUAUAGUAUGAUAUAGUAUCUCAAGUAUUUUUUUUUAAUCUGCACAGAAAUUAUAGCUGCCACUAGCUGUAUUUCUGAGCUUGUAACAAGUGUUAUUUUUGCACAAGUGUUAUAAUAUGGCAGUUUCCAUAGUUUUAAUACUUUUUUUAUAUUGUUUUUUUUUAUUGAGUAUAUUGAUGUUUAUUGUAGUAAUACUAAGCAAGCAUUCCAUAGUUGCCAGACGUAGGGAUAAACCAAUGAUUUUAGCAGGGAAAGGCAAUGUUCGCCCUACUUACCUACCAAACUAGUAACAUCCGUGUCCAUAAUAUCACCAGGGUCAUCGCCACCUUGAGAAAAAGUGUGCUU